AUGGAGGCUGCCAUCUUGAAUUUUCCCCACACGGUUGACUUGGAAAGCAACAAACCAACAACCAACAAAAAAAUAUCCAAAUUUGAAAAAAUUAUGGGAAGUAAAAAGGCCAAUAUUUACGAUUUAACACUAAAGCAACACGAUGUUUAUGCUUGGCAGAAAGAUGUGCCCCCUAAAGUUAAGGAGAAAGUGCUGGAAGACAGACGGAAGGAACUUUUGGAUCUGAUGCCUGCCAUACCUGAUCCUUGUGAAGAAACAAGCUGUGAUUUAAUCAAGGAAUGGAUCACUUUGGUUGAGGAAAGAAAUAAUUUGCUCCAGCAAAGAAUGAUUGAGGAAGAUCAAAGGCAAUUUGAUGAGCACAUCAAAGAACUCUAUGGAUUAUUACAGAAGAUAGGAAGCCUUGACAAGUCUAUUGGACAUUCCCUGCGGCAGAAUCUAGCAUCUGCAUUCAAGUGUGUCAAGGAAUACUGCCAGGAAAAAGAUUUGAAAUUAGAGAACACGAAAUCGCUAGAAAGGGGAAAUACAACAGCUGUCCAAGUGGUCAUCCCCCUUCCUACUGCCGCUCCAGUGGUACCAGCCCUUUCACUGGUACCAGUUCCUCCACCGGUACCAGUGAUCGGUGCAGUAACUGUCCCUCCAGUUCUUCCAGUGGCUAUCACCGAACCGAUAUCACAAGAUGCAUUCAUCCCAAAGUCAUCGCUGUCAGAAAAGAAAAAAUCGAGUCGGUCUCGUGUUGGUCGUAAAUCAAUGAGGUUGAACAGAAGUGGUCUUGUGACGGAAAGACCUGACACCCCUCGACCGAAAAUGGGUGUUAAAGAAACACCGCAUCAGGAAUUCAAGGUGGAUUUACGUGCAAGGUUGUCGACUGGGCGGAGGAGUCUACGUGUAACGCCAGUCGUACGAUCACCAGGAGGCACUCCUGCCAAAAGGGCGCGCCGACUGUCCCCCACUAAUCCAGCAGAUCUUAUGACAAUGGCUUUACGUCGGAAAUUCAAACGAGCAUUAUUGUACAGUCCUAACAGGAGUAUGGAUACCUCUGAUAAUUCAGCUAACAUUAGUAUCGACUGAGGUAAUGUUGAUGAAGUAAUGUGAGGUGUUGGACAAGUUGAACUACUAACCCAAAAACCCAGGGUCGUGUUAGGAUUAGCCACAGAGAUUUUAGUGAAAUUAAUUGGUACUUAUUCCUUUGACAAAG